AUAAUUUUUGAUUAUAUUUAUUAAAUAUUUACAAUCUGACAAUACAAAAAGCAGAACUUUUUUGUGUUGCUUCUUUUUCAUAUCUCUGAUAUUUUACAAUUGACAAUUAAACAUUCAUCGCGUGAAGUUGCUUCAUUUCGGAUGCACGUAAUACAGCGUUGUAUCUACAUAUAUUCAUAUGUUAUGACUGUUGACUGUUUGGAGAUGCGGUGACAUCAAAAAAACCAGCUGAUUUGACAGCUUUCUUGUAGCUACCUAUCAUGACACACAAAUAUAUCAAAAAAUUCCUAAUAAACAUACACUUAGAAAGUGCAUAAGAAUUAACAAAAAUUAAAUCUGUUUGAGUUGCUUAAAAUAUCAAAAAAAAUUUGCACUUGAAAUAAGAUUACUCUACAUUCGGGCGUUGGCAAAAUGAGAGAGAGAUAGAGAGAGAGAUAAAGCGAAAGCGAAGGUUUUAAGUGUAGAAAGUGCACAAGUUUCAAGCCUAUUGUUGAAACGACCAACACAGUUCUGCGCUGAGAGUACGUUUCUAUGUGGAUUUACUGCGUUCCUUCGAAACGAGACGCGACAUAUAAAUCAUACUAAACACCGUGUGUUUUGAUACAGUUGGUGAUGGUGAUAGGCAGUCGCAUGUUGAGUGUAUACAACGCGCAAUUCUCGUUCUCUAGGGCGGAGAACAGCUGAUAAGACCAAUAACUGCGCGAGGGCAGCCAGCGCGUAUUGCAAAACGUUUCCAGAAGAAUUUAUCAUACUAACGUUGUUCGUUCAAGAUGAAGAAAAAGGUGUUGCUGAUGGGCAAGAGCGGGUCUGGAAAGACUAGUAUGCGCAGCAUUAUUUUUGCCAACUACAUCGCCCGUGAUACUCACCGUCUAGGAGCAACAAUUGACGUAGAACACUCCCAUGUUCGUUUUCUUGGGAAUUUGGUUUUAAACUUAUGGGACUGCGGUGGGCAGGAAGCGUUCAUGGAAAAUUACUUUGCUUCACAGCGUGACAACAUAUUCAGAAAUGUCGAGGUGUUGAUUUAUGUCUUUGAUGUGGAGUCAAGGGAACUAGACAAGGAUAUGCAUUAUUAUCAGAGCUGCUUGGAGGCAAUACUGCAAAACAGUCCAGAGGCAAAGAUAUUUUGCCUGGUUCACAAAAUGGAUCUUGUGCAGGAGGACCAGCGUGAUUACAUAUUCAGGGAAAGGGAGGAAGAUUUGAAAAGACUGAGCUUGCCAUUAGAGUGCACCUGCUUCCGAACUAGCAUAUGGGAUGAAACGUUAUACAGGGCAUGGUCAUCCAUAGUGUAUAUGCUGAUUCCCAAUGUGAAAGAACUUGAGCAGAGCUUGAACCAGUUUGCCAACAUUAUUGACGCGGAUGAAGUUCUUUUGUUUGAAAGAGCAACCUUCCUAGUGAUAAGUCAUUGCCAGCGGCAGUUUCAUAGAGACGUUCAUCGUUUUGAGAAAGUUUCCAAUAUUAUAAAGCAAUUUAAACUGAGUUGCAGCAAGUUAGCGGCACAAUUUCAAAGUAUGGAAGUUAGAAAUACAAAUUUCGCGGCUUUCAUCGAUAUGUUUACCUCAAAUACAUACGUGAUGGUCAUCAUGUCCGAUCCAACUAUACCAUCUGCGGCAACGUUAAUCAACAUACGCAACGCGAGAAAGCAUUUCGAAAAGUUGGAGCGCGCCAGCCAGAGCUCGGCGUUGAGCAGAUAGAAGUCGGCGCGACCCAGGCGCCUCGUCACCCGGGUCCAUCCUGUUAAUAACUGCUGAAUUUCUGGGAUCGUAUCAUGUUAGAGAUAAAGCGCGAUUGCGGGGAUACGAUUUGUUGACGAGAUUGGGAUCACAAAGUAUACUUUAACGUACGGCUUUCGACAUGUGUGAGCGUUUAUGACAAAAUACGUAAUAUAUAAUCGACGUGUCCGAAAGAGGCUGAUGGUUAUCGCUGUAUUUCAGAUAUAUUAGGACUAUCGAAUAUGAAUUCAUUUCAAAUAUUUUGCGCAGAUGCAAUAUGAUCAUAUAUUACAUUUGCGAUUUAUCGAUGUAAAAUAGUUUCCGUGCUCAUGAUUAUCUUGUUUCAUUUCUACCUAUUAUGGACUUUCGGAAUGGAUUCCGAUUAGAAUUAUUCAUUUAUUCACUAGAUUUUUAUUUGCGUUUUGUAGGCAAGUAAUUCCGAUCAGAAUUUAUUUUGAACAAUUCCAUAAUACAUAAUCUGGAAUCAUUUUUAUUUACGAUUCAAGGAAACAUGUCGCAAUAACAUCCAACGAAUGUUAAUUAUAAAUAAAUCAUUGCAACCAUACGUCUUUUUUUCCUAUAUCUGUAUACAUCACAAAUAACAGUGUAAGACUGCACGUCUACUAGAGAGCCACUAUUUUCUUGAGAAUGAUCGACGUUAAUAGAAGUUUCUCAUGAAGAUAGUCGAUACAUGACCGCGCUCUCUUUUAAUAUUAUGUGUUCACUAUAAUUUUAUUACCAAAGGUUUCUCUCGACUACGAAAAAAAAAGUUUUCAAGCGGACGUGCAGCCUACAUUGCACCGGAGUAAAAUGUUAAUUUAGUAAGACAGGAUUGUAUGGUGUAUUUGUAUGUUUAAACCUUUAAAAACGACGCAAGGUUCGCAUACAUGAUGUAACAAAACUAUGUUGUAUUUUUUAAAUGUGCGAAUAAAUUACAACCGCAAGUAGA